CACAGAGCUCUACCCCUGUGUCAUGUUCUACAGCAGUAACCCUGGGGAGAAGGUAAAGAUCUGUGAUAUGCAGAUGAGGGGUACCCCUCGUGACCUCCUGCCUGGUGAUCCUAUCUGCAGCCCCAUGGCCACAGUCCUGGCUGAGGCCACCACACAGCUCAUCAGGAUCCUGCACCGCACGGACCACUGGACACACUGCAUCAACAAGAUCAUGAUGGACAGGUUGCACAGAAUCAAACCCUGCUUCAGAGACUCAGCCAACGGUACUGGAGGAGGAGGUCAGAGGUUAAAGAAGAGUCGUUCGGUGCAGAGCAGAGAGGAGCAUGAUGCCCAGAGGGACUCGUCCAGGGACCCCCAGAGAGGGGAGGAGGAGAGGGGCCGGCCGGGACACGGGAGCCGCCAGGGUCAUGGAGGUCUGGGGGAACUCUCUGACCACCACCUCAGGACCCUCUGUACAGAGGUGUGGCCUGUGCUGGCGGUGAUGGGGGUGCUGACGCAGGGCUGCGUGUUGGGGGGCGCUGUGUUCACAAACAGACCGGUCGGCAUGCUACUCUCCUGGGCGUGGUGAAGGAGGGGAGCACCUCAGCCAAGGUGCAGUGGGACGAGGCUGAGAUCACCAUCAGCUUCCCAACUUUCUGGUCGCCUAGUGACACUCCCCUGUACAACCUGGAGCCCUGCGAGCCGCUGCCUUUUGACGUGGCACGCUUCCGAGGCCUCACCGCUUCCCUGCUCCUCGACCUCACCUAUCUCACCUCCAUCCACGAGGACGCUGGGAAGCUGAGCGCCCGGCGCCACGAGAAGAGACACCGUAGCAACGGAGGCCACGAUACGACGACGACGACGGCCGCCACGACAAACGACGACUUCAACAACAAAACUAGUGAGACGGAGCACCAACACAGGGUCUCCCCGGACCCCAAAGACACAACAACAACGACAACGGGGACCGUCACCACGACGACAACCUCUGAUCUGAGAGUGUCACACAGCCUGGACGAGGUCAAAGCCCACGCGGUGCCCAACUCGAAAUCAGAGAGCGAGAUCUCCUCCUGCGCCUUGGACUCCCAACACCAGGGUGGAGGAGGACCAGAGACC